AUGCAAUGGUCGACGGUGUGUGAGGGGGUGGUGGUGGGUACGAGCCCUGCCACUGCUGCUGACGUGGAUGUGAUCAAGCGGAAUAUUGGCGCUGAUGCCAUGCUGUGCCUUGAGGUGCGCGCGCGGGAAUGGGAGGGAGGGGACGGGUGCAUGGGUGGUGAUGGGAGCGUGGGUGAACGUAGAACCGUUCGCUCACGAACGGACGACUGCAGGGACGCUCUGGGGCUGGCGUGGAGCGAGGUGAAGGACAUGGCGCAACGGGCGGGCAUCGUCGCGCUCAGAGUGCCCAUGCGCCCCAUGGACUCCGCCAACCAGGUGCGCCAGGGGCUCCGCCGACCAGGUGCGCCAGGGGCUCCGCCGACCAGGUGCGCCAGGGGCUCCGCUGACCAGGUGCGCCAGGGGCUCCCCCCGCCCUUCUCCCCCUGCCCUUCUCCCCCUGCCCUUCUUCCCCUGACCUUCUCCCCCUGCCCCUCUCCCCCUGCCCUUCCCCCUCUGCCCUUCUCCCCCUACCCUUCUCCCCCUACCCUUCACCCCCUGCCCUUCUCCCCCUGCCCCUCUCCCUUGCCCCUCUCCGCGUACCUGUCCCCGCCUGCCCGCCCUGCCUCCCCACAGGGCGCGCUUCUCCCCGAAGCUAUCCGCGUGCUGUCAGCGCUGCUGCACGCGGGGCAGAACCCUCCGCAGCCGCAGGCGCAGCCGCAGGCGCAGCAGCAGGCGCAGAGAGAGGAGGGCGGCGGUGGCGAGGGGAGUGCAGGAGGAUACAGGUCUGAGACUGAGAGGGAGGGAGGAGGAGAAGGUUCGCAAGUGUGGGACGAGGCGGCUGGAUGGGCGAGCAGUGAAGGAGGAUGGGUGGCGCCAGGGGCAUCAGCAGGAGCAUCGCCAACAGCAGCAGCAGCAGCAGCAGCAGCAGCAGCGGUGUCAUCGCCCCAGCGCACUGUGUUUGUGUGCUGCACGUCGGGAUGCCACCGCAGCCCUCUGGUGGCCCUCGGCUUCCUCACAUUCGUGCGGGGUAUGGAGUACCGUGAUGGCAAGACGCUGCUCAUCCACGCCUGCCCAGAGGCCGUGCCCUCCUUCCAAGCAUGGGACGACGUGAGUCUCACUGUCCCUUCCCCUCCUUCUCCCCAUGAGAUCCUGUGCGCUGGCCCAUGCCACGACGCGAGCAGCAAGCUAGCAGCGGUGGACAUGAAGGGGCUGACCAUGCGAGCGGAGGACAUCAAGGCCCGCCGCGUGCAGCAGGGCCUCCCGGGCGAGUCCGUCGACGACUGGCUGGCGGCACAACGGUCGCUAGUGGCGGAUCACUUUCAGCAGCAGCUGCACAACGACCUCGUUAUUGCCAACUCCCUCUACAAGGUACUGCUGCUCAACGAUCACUUUCAGCAGCAGCAGCAGCAGCACAGCGUGCGCUCCCCGUUCCCAUUCCUCCCUCGCCCUCCCAUCCUUCCUUUCUUCCACCCCCCCCUGCUGCUUCGCUGGCUGAAACAUGACGUGAUCGCCCCUGAGGACCCGCCAGCAGCGGCAGAGAGCCGAGCGCAGGGAGUUGGAACCUCAGCCGCGGCAGCCUUGGAGGUUGAAGCUGCAGGCGCAGGGGCAGGCGCAGGCGCGGCAGCAGCUGUGGCAGCAGGGGUGGGUGCGGCAGCUGUGGCGGCAGCUGCUAUGAUCGGUGAGCCUGCUGUGGCUGAGCCUGGGACAUCAGGCGGGGACGUGUUGGGAGAACUGGAUGGGUCUGCUGCUGCUGCUGGUGCUGAUUCUGAUGGGACGUUGGGCGGUGGGAUUUUUGCGGAGGAUGUGGGCCUGGAAGGGGACUGGAGUGAGGUAGAGGGAGAGGGAGAGGGAGAGGGAGAGGUUGUGGAGGGUGGAGAGGAGGUGGAGGAGGAGCGAGAGGGAGGGGAAGAGGAGGAGUGGCAUGCAACGGCGGAGUGGCUGGGAUCGACGGGCGAGUGGGAGGAUUCGGAAGAGUCGGAGGCUGAGGGCGGUGUGGGAGGAGGAGUUGUGGGUGAGAGAGAGCGUUUGGAAGCACAGAGGGAGCUGGAUGAUGGUGAUUUGAUGGCGGCUGCGGUUGGUGCUGAGGCUGGUGCUGCUGCUGCUGCGGCGGCGGCGGCUGUGGGUGCGGUUGGAGAGCUGGGAGGAGGAGUUGAAAGUGGGGAGUGGUUGGGGAAGAGGGGUGAUGCAGGGGUUGAGAGCGGUAGUGACGGCGAAUGGGGUGCUACUGGUGGUGGUGUUUUUGUUGGGGCAGCAUGGGGGGAUGAGUACGAGCAGCAGUACCAGGAGUGGCGUAAGGAGGAGGAGGCGCGGGAGAGUGAGAAUGAGAAUGCAAGGUGGGAUGCAAACGAGGAAGAGAGAGGGGAAUGGGAAGAGGGUGGGGAGAACAGGGAGGGGGUGUUUGGGGAAGGUGGUGAUGAUGAUUUGGAAGCGAGGGUUGGAGAGAGGCUGCUGGAGAUAGUGGGUGGGGUAGGGGAGGGUGUGGGAGAGGGUGUGGGGGAGGGUGUGGGGGAGGGGGAGAGCGAGGAGGAGGAGGGAGUGUUUGUCACUGCUGAACAAGAGAGGGGCCUGAACGAGGAAGAAGAAGGGGAAUGGAACGAGAGGGAGGAGGGGGAAAAGGAGGAGGAGGAGGAAAUGGAGGAGGGGGUGGAGGAGGGAGUGGAGGAGGAGGAGUGGCAGGGGAGUGGGGAGGUGGAGAACGGCGAGGUGCUUGGUUUGAGGGAGGCGCUGGCAGCCAUGCAGGAGGAGCUACGACAGGCCGUGGGCUUGCAGGCUCAGGGAGCGAGGGACAAGCUUAUGGCAGACAUGGCCCGAGCUGGUCUUGCUGCAGGAGCAGCAGCCGCGGCGACUGCAGCAGUUGCAGCUGCAACUGGCGGAGCGCUGGGAACAGCUGAGCAGCAGAAGCAGCAGCAGCAGCAGCAGCAGCAGCAGAAGCAGCAGGCACCGAUCUCGGAGCAGCAGCAAGAGUCAGAGGAGCAGGAUGAUGAGAGCCAGGAGGGCAAGGAGAAGGAGCGUGAGGAAGCUCUUCUUCUCGCCCGCAGCAGAGCCGACUUCCUCCUCCGCCGCCUCGACAUUGUGACUCAGCGCGAGGCCUCUGCUCGUGACAGCCUGGCCGCCGCCCGCCGCCAGCUGGAAGCCACGUCUGAGCUGGCAGGGUCUCUGCGGGCGGCGCAGGCGGAAGCGGCGGCGGCCAGGGAGGAAGCGGCAGCAGCGAAGGCGGAAGCGGCGGAGGCGGUUAGAAGGGAGCAGCAGCUGCAGGCGCUGGUGCAGGCUGGUGAAGCGGAUGUGGCAGCAGCACGCGCGCGAGCAGCGGCAGCAGAGGCAGAGGUGAGGGCGAGGGUGGCGGAGCAGGUGCAGAUGGAGAGGAUGAUUCGUGCUGCAGAGGAGACGGCAGCGGCAGCAGAGGGGAGGCUGCGAGCGGGACUGGAGGCUGGAGAGGCGAGGGUGAAGGCGGCUCAGGUUACUGCUGCGGGGGCGAGGAGGAGGGAGGAGCAGGCGAGGGUGGCAGUGGAGGUGGCAGAGAGGAGGGCGGCGGCUCUUGAGAGGGAGUUGCUUAUGAUGAAGACACGGCUGCAGGGUAUGGAGGGUGCGGAGGGUGGCGAGGUUGCGCUGGAGGCAGCAGAGCAGCGGGUGCAGGCAGCAGAGGAGCGCGCUCAGUUUGCAGUGCGGCAGCUGGAGGUGAUGCGUGCACAGAGGGAGGAGGGGCAGAGGCGUGCUGAGGCGGCAGAGAGGAGGGCGAAGGAGCUCGCUGUGAGGGUGGCGGAGGUGGAACAGAAGGUGGCGGAGGCUAACUCGCAGGCGCGGCUGUUUAAUAUGUGUGUGGAGGCCAUGGCUAGGGAGGAUGGGGAGAGCGAUGGAGGAGAGAAGUGA